AUGGCUUCCCAGCACCUUUGUCCCCUGAUUUUCACCUGCCUGCUGGCCCUGGCAUCAUGUCUGCCUGCCUUGGACAUAAGAAACUUGCAUCUCCUCAAUGGCACGCUGGAUGAAAUCAUGAAUGUUCCCUCAGAGCCCUCCCAGUUCGAUAACGACACCCAACAUGUUCGACAGGUCCGAGACGUUGCUCCUCGCCCACCAGCAGGUCAUGGCUGGCCCAAAGACUGCAGUGAGCUUCCUGCUGGCAGCCGCAGCGGCAUCUACAUCAUCCAGCCGAAAGGGCUCCACCACAUCGUGGUGUACUGCGAAAUGAAUGUGACACAUGGGGGCUGGACAGUCAUCCAGAGGAACCAGAAAGACACCCCAGUCACUUGGGCUGAGUCCUGGAGCACCUAUAAGUUCGGCUUUGGAAACGUGCGCACCGAGUACUGGCUGGGCACUGAGUACAUCCAUCAGCUCGCCAAGCAGAAGGUCUACCAGGUCAGAUUCGUCAUCCAGGACUCCUCAGACAACACCCAUUUCGCAGACUACAACCUCUUCAGUGUCGAAGAUGAGCCCCACGGCUACCGGCUGAGGCUGGGAUCCUACUCAGGGUCAGCAGGGGAUGCCAUGACCUCAGACAAUCCCAAGACCAUGCAUGACAACAUGAAGUUCUCCACAAAGGAUCGGGAUCAGGACACUUACAGUAAGAAUUGUGCCUACAGCUAUGAGGGUGGGUGGUGGUUCUCAGCCUGUUAUUCUGUACGGCUGAAUUUCAAGGGUGGCAUGACCUGGGGCAGCCUGUGCAAAGGGAACUGCAAAUCCUCCCUUAUCCUCAUCAAACCAGCCUCAUACUGUUAGUGCUUCUUCUCCUACCUGUCCAUGCUGGACACUCUGCAAAGGCUCUGCAUGGCCAAAGAGUUCAAGCCUUUCUGGAGCGGAGAGAGGAGCCCAAGGGUAGUAGGGUUGUAGUGAAGUGUCACUUUCCAGUUACCCUCUCUGAGUGCAGGCUCCCCCUCUGCUCUGCUAU